CCCCUGGUUUAUAUGAAAGCUGCAGAAGCUGGUUUUAUGAGCUGGAGAUCAUUGUGCUGCGCAGUCACAGUGGGAGCGGACUCAGCGCUUGUUGGUUCCAGUUUGCCUCUUGCCAGUUACUGCUGAAAUCUUGGGAACAAAUCCAGAUCAUAUGAGGAAGAGGAGUAACUGCGCUUUAUCAUUAUGAAGCUCUCACUUGUUGUUGCUGUCGUUCUAUCGGCACUGGGAGUUAUCACACCUGUUCCAGUUGGGAAAGAGGGAAGAAGAGAGGACUUGGUGACCCAGUGUAUCAUCGAAGUCCUUUCCAAUGCACUUUCCAAACCAAACGCUCCUCUGGUUGAUCCAGCAUGCAGAAAUAUUCUAAAGACAAGUGCAAAACAUGAGAUGAUUGAAAAGAAGAGUAACAAAGAGUUUGUGAAUUUUGAAGGGUACCAUGAACAAGAACCUGAAGAGGAGUUAAAGAGACAUCUGGAGGAGCCUAACUUAGAGGAGAAAGAGUUGGAGGAGAAAAAUAUUUUUCAAGAUGAAGAGGAUAAAAGACACGUCAAGGAGAGUGAGGAGAAACGACACCACACAGCAGCCAAAAGAAGCGAGGAGACCAGCAUCCAAGAAGAAAAAAUGCACUAUGAUGUUGAAGACAAAAGGCAUUAUUCAGACAGUGAAGAAGAAGGAGAGGAAAUCAGAAAACAUAACCACCAUGCAGAAGUUGAAGAAAAGAGACAUGCAAGUGAGGAGGAUCCUACAGAUCUGAGUGAGGAGUUGGAGAAAAGAUCUCAUCAUGGUCAUAGUAAGAGAAGUGGGGAGGACUCUAUUGAAGAGCAGGCUCAUGGGGAGCACUAUCAGGAGAAGAGAUCAGAAGAAGAGGGGAGCGAUGAAAGAGAAAAAAGCAGAUACAAUAGUCACAGACACUAUCAUAGAAAACACAAAAGGAACAACUAUUCCUCUGAAGAAAAGAGAAGCAAAGAGUCAGAUGAGUCUAACGAGUCUAAAGAGGAAGAAGACAAACAACACCACGAAGACAUUAUAAAAUUACCAGAGGGAAGCUAUGAAGAAAAGAGACACCACACUGCUGAGAAAAGACACCACCCUGAAGAAAGUGAUGAAGAAGAUGAAGAGGAGAAACAUCACCAUGAGGAAAAGAGACAUUAUUAUGAAGAAAGUGAAGAAGAGAAAAGGCACCACAGUUUUGAAAAAGGGCAUCAUUCCAAGGAAAGUGAGGAAGAAGAAAAACGCCACCACAGUGAAGACAAAAAUUCUGAAGAAAGUGAAGAGGAAGAAGCAAAAAGGCACCAUGAAGAAAAGAGGCAUGAUUCUGAAGUAAAAGAAGAGGAUAAAAGACACCACAGCUUUGAAAAAAGACAUAAUUCUGAGGAAAGCAAAGAGGAGGAGGAAAAGAGACACCAUGAGGAAAAGAGACAUGAUUCAGAGGAAAGUGAGGAGGAUGAUGGGCACCAUAGCGUUGAGAAAAGACACCAUUCCAAGGAAAGUGAAGAGGAGGAAGAAAAACGACACCAUGAGGAAAAAAGACACCACAAAGAAGAGAGACACAAUUCAGAGGAAAGUGAGGAGGAUGAAAAAAGGUACCACAGUGAGGACAAGAGGCAUCAUUCUGUGGAAAGUGAAGAGGAAGAAAAAAGGCACCAUUCAGUAGAAAGCCGUCAUCACGAACGAAAGAGGAGACACUCAGAGAAAAGUGAAGAGGAGGAAGAAAAGCACCACUACAGUGAAGACAAGCGCCAGCACUCUGAAGAAAGUGAAGAAGAGACACAGAAACAACAUCACAGUCAAGAGAAGAGACAUCAUUCUGAAGAAAGUGAGGUAGGGGAAGAAAAGCGGCACCACAGUGAAGGAAGCCCAGAAGGAUACAGGACUCAUGAAGAUAAAAGGCAAUACCUUGGAGAAGAUAGUGAGGAGGAGCUAAAAAAGAGACACCAUCCCUAUGAGAAGAGGCAUUACAGUGAGGUAGAAGAAAAUAAGCACCAUGGUGAAGAUAAGAGAUAUCAAAGUCAGGAAGAGGAGGAAGACCUAAGACACAUUCAGGAAAAGAAACAUAUGGAAGAAGAUGAGGAGGAAAAAAGGCCAGCUGGUGAUUCCAGUCCUUACCACAAAAAAGAAGAGAAAAGACACCAGGAAGAAAAAACUCAUUACCCAGAGGUUGUAGAAGACGACUGGUGGGAUAAGAGGAGCGACGGUAUGGAAUAUGGACACCACAGCAAUGAGGAGAAACGGAACUACCUUCUGACUCAUCACUUUCAAGAGAAAAGGCCAUACUCUGGUAACAGAAUGGAUGAACUAGCAAAGCUUUUGAAUUACAAGAAGGCAGCUGACUUCCCUGUUCUUUCUGAGGAGAAGAGAAGUCAUUAUGAGUUUGAAGAAAUGAAAAACCAUCAUCAGAGGCCACUCUCACAAGAGGAGGAGAAAGAACUUCAGAACCUGGCAGCCAUGGACCUAGAGCUGCAGAAAAUAGCAGAGAAGCUUCACAAAAACCAGAGAGGGUGAAAAGAGAUGAAUGCUACUGUGCACUCCAUUCGUAACUGAAAAAGAACGAGUAUUGAAGAUAAACUUCUCAACCUGCGUGGUUAUUGUUAGAUACACAACAAAACAAAAAAAUGCCUUUAUUGUCCACAAUAUGUAAUGUUUCAUGCACACUGGCGGAUAUAUUUGUAUUGUGCCGUUUUAAUGUUAUUAAAAGCUAACUGGCAUGGGAAUUAUUUAGAAAAUAUAGAUACAUUUUUUCAUCCUGUGUACUAACUACCAAUCACUAUCCUGGCAUGAUUGUUUCUGUUUCUGAGUUUGCAAACAAUAAAAUCCAACAUUCUGGG